AUGGAAAUAAACUAUAAAACAUUUUUGAGCAGACUAAUUCAUUUAAAUUAUUUGUAUGUAAAAACAUAUGAGUUUGGAGAAUAUACCCAAAACUAAAAUAGGUAUAUGUUAAUUUAAUUAUAUAGAUAAGGAGAUAUAUUUGAAUCAAUUUCAAUUUAUUGGUUGAGGAGAAAAUUAUAUUUAAGGUAAAAAAACAUAGGAAAAUGGAUCGAGAUAAAGUUAUUAAUGGAUAAUAUCAAAAUGAUAAAAAAGAAGGUGAUUGGAAGAUUUGUUUGA